GAACAACAGGGACGCCCACAUCGCUCCGCACCGCUCUAGUUUGUCGCAGAAACAUGGAUAACCGACCUUAUUUACCGGUUAUCCACACUUAUGCACGAAUUUUACCAAAAUUAUCGUCAAUGCAUCUGGAUUUUUAGUUUAUUUGUGAAAAAGGUGACCUACAUUAGCACCAUGUUUGAAAACAAUUGUGGUGAAGUGAUUGUUUUGAGUGGUUAAUGUUUUUAUUAUGUAAUUUGUGAGAAAAAUGUCGAGCGAGCAGGAGAGCGGUAUGAGCCGCACCCUGAGCGCGCUCGGUGGCGGGGACGCGUGCGGAGCGCGUUGGACUUUAGCAGCACUUCUACUCGCGCCUUUAGCUGCUGCCAACUCUAGCUACUGCGCUGUGCCUGCUGUUUUGAUGCUUGCUGCCUUUAUUACAGUGGCUACUAUCACAUGUAGAGACUUAAAGAAACUAGCCGACAUCUUACCACCGGCAAGAACCAGCCGUGGUCGUCGCGAGCGCAACCUCCGCUCCUUCGCCGACUUUAUGGCAACGUGGAUGUGCUUCCUCUCACACCUGGUGGCUGUAGCCAUCUGCGCAAGGAUCCUCAGCGCGACGGCGGACCACGUGACGAGCGGCCGGACGAGGCGAUGGCUGUUUGGAUAUGAAACCAGGGCGCUCGGAGAGCCUUGGCCUGAUGUGCUUGGGGUUACUGUGGUCAUGGUUGUCUGCGCCAUGUUUAUGUGUGGAUUGGAGGAAAGCAUGAUGUUCACGUUUAUGCUGUUGAUUUUGUUGUACAUAUUUAGUCAAUUCUUCGCUAUCUUUGGACUAAUAAAUUUGGAUAUUGCAAAUAUAAACAUGCCUAUACCUAUGACUAUUUACGAGCUUUUUGCCGCUGGAUCGCCUAUCUCAUAUGCUUUUUGUGUAUCGACGCAAAAGAAAGAUAACGGCAGUUUAAAGAAGACUCUGAUUCUGAUGGUUGGGUUGCCUGCGAUUAUUUUGUCUGGCUUAUGUUUUUUGUAUACAAACAUGUUAAAAGGGAAUAGUAUAGAUGCAGCUUUACCAAUAACCACUCUACUAGAAGCCAGAGCACCCUCGUGGGUGUGUCCCCUGUUAGCCGCAGUCACCGUAGCUGGGAUCAGUCUAGCCCUGACCGAGCUGUGUCCCAUACUCUUCUCUAUUCUGGUGGCUUUGGCUUCUCCUGAAUGGAAGGUGCUCACCAGAUCUAUGACAUACGAAAGUCAAACAACGGGCAGUCCGGUGCUAGCUGUGUUCACUGCUGGUAGUCUAGCAGCAAUUCUAGCGUUCGCCUGUCCACUUUCCCACAUGAUCACUCUAAUGAAUGCAAGCCAUUUACUGGGAAUUUCGGUACAGGCUUUCCACUUUAUGAUAAUGCGCUGUGUACCGACUGCCGAACAAAAAGAAGCCGGAGAUAUUGAGUAUAAACGUCUAGAUCGAGGAGACACACGAGCUAAGACAUCAAGCAAGAAAUCAAAGAGGGGGCUUUGGUUCAUCCCUUCUGCCAUUCGGCACACAAAAACCUUAGAGAGCAUUAAAUCUAAAGUAAUCGCGAAAGAAACUGAAGAGCGGGAAUGUCUCCUCCUCGACGAAUACGGCAGCGGUGUAGUCGACGAUGCUGAGCCAAUGACCAGUUGCAGCAGUGACCAGCGGAUCGCGCCAACUGCUAUUGACGAAGUACCGUCGGAUGUCGAAGUAGAAGUUAGCGAAGCGGACCUUUCGUCUGGCGAUGACUCCACUGAUAUCGAUGCCGUUGUUAAGGAAUAUAGAGAUACGAUACAAGUAGUGACAUCUCUCCCCGAGGCAAGCGCUCCCAUCCCUCCAUGCGUGCGCGGGGCGCGAUGGUCGGCAGUGGGCGCUAUAGUGCAAGUCAUAGCUGCUGCCUUGAUAGCCGUGGCCUUCUGCAAUGAACACAUUCGAUUGCCGAUGUUCACUGCUGGGAUACCAGUCUGGAUCUGCGGCGCCUUCAUAUGCGCCUGGCAGCCAGCUCACCCUCUGGGCAUGCGUAAGGCUCAAGGGCUACAAGCGCCAUUGGCUCUGCUGCCGGCUCUUCUGUUCCUCACGCCUCUACUGGUUGACUCCUGGCCUGCUAUCGUACUCUUCGCUGGCGCUGGUGUCGUGAUCUACGCUCGCUGCGAGCGCUGGUGUGGUGAUCUAGCCGUCCAGCAAGCCCGCAGCGCGGUUGAACGACGGAAGCUCCACGCUGUGUCAGCUGACGUCCCUCUGGCCGCCCAUCUCGCUCACAUCGACACCGUGUUCAUAACCAGGUAGAGAGCAAGAGC